GGGGUCACGGUCUUCUGCCAUUUUCUUGUACCAAUUUGGCUCAGGCAUUUUGUUUGUUGCCAUGGUUGUCUGGGAAGAUGCCACAACGCCGCUGUUCACUGGUAUGGGGGCGAGCGAGUUGCAACGACAGGAGCCUCUGAGAAGGAGCGCUAUGCUCUUCGUCGCGAUGGUUGGCCUCGUCGGGAUCAUGUUCGGAUACGAUAUGGGUAUCACUAGCGCAGCACAGGAUGCCCUGCGAGCCCACUUUGACCUCACCAGUGGCCAGCUGGAACUAUUUGUGGGGUCGCUCAGCUGGUGCGCUUUGCCCGGCACGCUGCUCGGCAGCGUCGUUGCAGAUUCCCACGGACGACGGUUUGGCAUCCGCUUGUCCGCUUUCGUCUUCCUCGUCGGAAAUUCAGCCAUGGCCUUCGGACGAUCGUUUUUCGUGGUAAUGCUCGGUCGGGCCACCGCUGGCUUCGCUAUGGGACUGACCUACCCGAUCGCACCGAUGUACGUGGCGGAGGUAACUCCAGCGCGGCUUCGUGGAGGCUGCACGGCGUUUCUCGAAGUGUUGAGCAACGUCGGCAUUCUCUUAGGGUACUUGGUCGGCUGGAUCUGCAACUCGCUGCUUGGGUUGAAUAGUUGGCGGACCAUGUUUGCCCUUGGGUUGUUCCCGCCGUCGCUGCUUCUAUGUGGUGCUUGUUUUGUGAUGCCUGAAUCUCCCAGGUGGCUGGCGUCAAAGGGCAAGCUCGCGGAAGCACGCGACAUUCUUUCCCAUGUCCUUGGGCCGCUCGAGGCUCAUCGAUCGUUUGGCGAAUUAACACGUCUUGCUGCAAAUGAAUCUGAGGCCCGUGGCGGUUUCAUGGAUCUUGUCGUGACACCAGAUUUGCGAAGGAUUGUAGUGGUCGGAGCUGGCGUCGCCUUCUUUUCACAGGCCACUGGUUGCGAAACAAUUGUGUAUUACACUGGCCCAAUCUUGCAGCAAGCUGGUUUUCAGCGGGAGUCCAUGUUGCGAGCUACCGUGCUCAUGGGGACUGUGAAAACAGCGGCGGUCGUCGCAAGUGCAGCAUUUGUAGACAGAGCAGGACGUCGACCUCUGUUGUUCGCCUCUGCUUUGGGCAUGGCUGUCAGUAUGGGCACGAUGAGCGCAGCUGGACUGGCACGCGUUGUCCCAGCGGUCCAGGUGAUGGCGCUGUGUCUCUUUGUUGUGGCCUUCUCGUUUGGCUUCGGGCCCAUAGUCUACACGUACAAUGCCGAGAUCUACCCGCAGCGGUAUCGAGCGGUUGGCUUGGGACUCGCGAUGGCCAUAUGCAGGGUCAUGUCAGCGGUGAUCUCCACCACAUUCCUUACGCUCUCUCAUUGGCUGACUACAUCCGGCGCGCUUGCUUUGUACAGCGGAAUCGGUUUCAUUGCGGCCUUGUUCGUCGCGCUUGCUGUAUGGGAGACCAGGGCACUGGAACUCGAGGGAGGCAGCCAGCACGUCCCCAAACCGGUGCCCGAUGACGCAUACGCAGCAUGUAUUGGUGUAAGGGCGUGUCCUCCAGGAUCAUUCGAGCCGCGAGGUUCCUCCAAUUGACUUGUACAGCUCCAUGUCUUGGUCGGCUGUCAAGGCAUGGUCAUUGCCGAUUUCCUCGAUUGAGUCACUCACUCGCGCUCGUGCGUUUACGUGAGGUUUCCGCCACUCUUUGUGGACCAAGUUUUCUGCCUACGGGCACUUCACUCGAUUCUGCACCUACCUGCGCUUCUUGAUGCUCCUGAUACAAUAAAUUCACAUUUCGGCCACUACCAAAUCAGGG